UCAAUGGCAAAUUGUUUUUCUUUGGUUUUAUCGCAAAGUUCGGUUCGGUUCCCUCGUAAUAUUAAGUUUUACACAAAUUUUAUGAAAUUCUAGCAGUUCAUGUGUCCAUGUAACCAUGGCCGAAAAAGAUAUUCAUGAGAAGCAAAAGAUGGCCCAACCUCUGGAAGAAAAGCGUCUGGAAGCGGCCCUCGACGUAGAGCCAUUUCUUUCUUACGCCCAAAAGGUGCUGACCGCUCCGUUGACCAGCAGCGACGAGUACGACGAAAGUAGCGAUGAAGAUUCGACCAACAACACAGAUUCGUCUAGUGGCGGCGGGGCCGGAAGUAUUCGUAACUUUCGGAAGCUUGCCUACGGUGUUAAAGCGUCCAAGCAGGAACGCAAUGAAGAUAAGCGAUACUUUUACAAUCUGUCCUCUGUCGGACCGGAACGCUUGUGGUUGCAAAAUUUGCUCCUGUCGGACACCGAAACGGACCAGGAUAUAUCCGACGAGGAUGAGUACAUUAAAGAUAUGUUGCGGAUGCACAUGCGAGAGCAAAAAUAUCGUGAAAAAUAUUACACCAGUCGGCAGAAUUCCCAGUACGGAUAUUACGGAGUGGGAUUUUUGUCUAGCUUCGAUAUGUUCCCGGAACAUAGGCGCUCGAUAGUAGGUGUUCGCAAACGUAAAAUGAAGCGGGGGAAAAAGAUCGAGAAGUUGAUGAAAUUGAAGCAGGGCAAAAAGCCAACAAAGCGGAAUGACCUGGAAGAUCGUGGCUGCUCCGACAUAGAUUGGGAGGAGCAGUUGGCCGCGCUGAGAAAUGACGAUGACGAUGAAAUCGAUUCCAAGCCCACCAGUCCCACGGGCAUCAAAAGCAAGCGGGGCCGAAAAUCGAUGGCGAAAACGCCGGAAAUGAUGGCGAUAAGACGGCGCAAGAUUUGGCAGCUGAUGGCGAAAAAAGAGCUGGGGAAAGUGCAGCGAGCUAAAAUUAACAACCACAAAGAUAUGGUAACCAACUGCCGGCGGGUGGCCUCGCUUUGUAUGAAGGUAUCCCGCCAGAAGGCGAUGCAAUCGCAAAAGCUCAUGAAAGAUACCGUUUGGCGCGCAAAACGGCUCACACGAGAAAUGCAGGGCUACUGGAAAAGGUAUGAUCGCGUGGAGCGAGAAACGCGCCGCCGUAUGGAGAAGGAAGCCGAGGAGCAGCGCAAAAUUGAUGUUGAGAUUGUGGAAGCAAAGCGACAGCAGAGAAAGUUGAACUUUUUGAUUACGCAGACGGAGUUGUAUGCUCACUUCAUGUCUAAAAAGUUGGGCAACGUGUCCAAGGAGGAGCAGUUGAAAAUUUUAUCACAGCUCGACGAAGAAUCCAAUCCAAGGUUGACUGCCAUCGACAAUUACGACGCCGAGCUUAUGAAGGAGCAAGCACAUCGCAACGCAACCGACGCGUUCAACAGCGAACGUGCUCGAAAGGAACAAUUCGAUAGUUCCGUGCAGCAAAAGGUGCCAAUUUAUCAGAAUGUUGACAAUUCUGGGACCAUCAUCGAUUUGCCACAGCCGUCGCUUUUCCAGGGAUGCCUCAAAGGAUAUCAGCUUAAGGGAAUGACGUGGUUGGCGAAUCUCUACGAUCAAGGCAUCAGCGGCAUUCUGGCGGACGAAAUGGGUCUGGGAAAAACGGUCCAAUCGAUCGCAUUCCUCUGUCACAUCGCGGAAAAUUACGGCGUGUGGGGUCCAUUUUUGGUCAUAUCUCCUGCCUCGACGCUGCACAACUGGCAGCAAGAGAUGGAACGAUUUGUGCCCGAAUUCAACGUAGUCCCGUAUUGGGGAUCGCCAAACGAGCGCAAAAUUCUUCGACAAUUCUGGGAGCAGAAAGAUCUCCACACCAAGGAUGCUACGUUCCACGUAGUGAUCACCAGCUAUCAGUUGGUCGUGUCCGACUACAAGUAUUUCAACCGGAUAAAGUGGCAGUAUAUGGUGCUGGAUGAGGCGCAAGCUAUCAAAAGUUCCAGCUCGGUGCGAUGGAAGUUACUUCUCGGGUUCAACUGCCGGAACAGGCUGCUGCUCAGCGGUACUCCGAUCCAGAACAGCAUGGCGGAGCUUUGGGCGCUUUUGCACUUUAUCAUGCCCACACUGUUUGAUUCUCACGACGAGUUCAACGAGUGGUUUUCAAAGGAUAUCGAAAGUCACGCCGAAAACAAGACGGGAAUCGACGAAAAGCAAAUUUCCCGACUUCACAUGAUAUUGAAACCAUUUAUGCUGAGACGCAUCAAGAAGGACGUUGAAAAUGAGCUUUCGGACAAGAUCGAAAUAAUGGUGUAUUGUCCGCUGACGACGAGACAAAAGUUGUUGUACAUGGCAUUGAAGAAGAAAAUUUGCAUUGAAGAUCUGCUGCACCUCACGGGCCACGGCAAUGAUGGCCACUCGUUCGACAAGAACUUUACUUCCAACCUGAUGAAUCUUGUGAUGCAGUUUCGAAAGGUGUGCAACCAUCCGGAACUCUUUGAGCGUCGGGACGCCAAGAGUCCAUUCUUUUGUCGUCCGGUGGAGUACGAGGUGCCACGGUUGGUUUACUACGAGGCUUACCUGGUCCAGACAAUUGCCAGCAAGUGUCAUCUUCUGUACAAUCGGUACAAUGUUUUCAAUUGCGAAAACGUGCACCGAUCCGUGUUCGGAAAGUUUCAAACAAGCGGCAAGCUCGACUGCGCGCAGGACUUGAACACAAACGAUGCGUUUUCGUUUGCGAGAUUCAGCUGUUUGUCCCCCAAUGAGGUGGACCGUUUGGCACUGGCAGGGUUGAUCUAUUUCUUCCGACACAUUCGCCAAUUGUUCAAAUAUCUAAUUCUGCUACACCAUCGCUGGAUAUGGUGGGAGCGUCAAAUCGAUAAGCAAUGCAUGCUGCUGGAACCAACGAUUGAACGCUGGACGAACACGCUGUUCAAAGACUCGCACGAGGUACUAAAGUCGAUCAUUUUCACCUCAAGCGGUGUCAACAGUAUCUACAGUCACGUCGAUCUCAUAAUCCAUAGUGAUAUGCAGGAAACAAUGGAACAUAGAAUUCUUCGAAGUCGGAAUGCUCUCAAGCUGUCCAGUGUGAAAAAAACAACUCCCCCAUCAGGCACAUCGGAGAUUAAACUCGAAGGUCUGGACGAACUUCCGGUAGGUUCCAGUACGAACUUGACUCUUUUGCCGGAGUUACCACACCGCUUCCAUCCUACAAAAAUGCAUCAAUGUUGGCCAACCGAGAUGCCACAAUUUCUGUACGGACUCAUUCCACGGGUCGCCAGUUCGGAAAAGAAAUUCUACUGCAAGAGUCGUCGGGCCGCGUGGGCAGCCAUUCGCCACGCCCAAUGCGAAUCUCCGGAUGGGUUUGCUCUGGUUUUGGACGCGUUGAAGCUGUCCUACACGAGCUCGGUCGGGUGGUCCAAAAUAGUCAUCCCGGACAAGCAAACGCUAGUUUCCGACGCGGGCAAGCUGGCCGUACUGGACUCCCUGCUGACUCGGCUUAAAACCCAAGGCCAUCGCGUGCUAAUUUACUCCCAAAUGACCAAAAUGAUCGACCUGCUGGAGGAGUACAUGUGGCACCGAAAGCACCGGUACAUGCGGCUCGACGGAUCCAGCAAAAUUUCGGCAAGACGCGACAUGGUUGCUGACUUCCAGAGCAGAACUGACAUUUUCGUGUUUUUGCUCUCGACGCGUGCCGGGGGAUUGGGCAUUAACUUAACAGCGGCGGACACGGUUAUUUUUUACGACUCCGACUGGAACCCGACGGUUGAUCAACAAGCAAUGGAUCGAGCGCACCGUCUUGGGCAAACAAAACAGGUCACUGUUUAUCGCUUGAUUUGCAAGGGAACCAUCGAGGAGCGGAUAUUGCAACGAGCUCGGGAAAAAAGUGAGAUUCAAAGAAUGGUGAUAAGCGGUGGCAACUUUAAACCAGACACGCUGAAGCCAAAAGAAGUAGUCUCUCUACUGUUGGAUGACGAAGAAAUUGAGUUGAAAUAUCGUCAAAAGACGGAAGAAAGGAAGAGUGUUGCUGACGAUGAGAAGGAACGUGAACGAAAAAGAGCAGCUCCAUCAACGAUCAAGAUAGGCGAACUGAAAAAAAGCAAGAACGAAACGCAACUAAACGCGGAUGAUUUGAUAUUUCUAGAGUCGGGCGCGCCCAGUCCGGCCGCUAGCGAGCAAUCAAACACAAGUGGGAAUGUAAAAUUUUCGGAAUCCGUGCCUCAAGGUGGCGCCGACUCCAGUAACGAUGACAAUGAUUGUGAUAGUGCAAGCGGUUCGCAUAUAUCAGGAUCACUCAUGCCCUACGGUGUCCUUGGGAAGCAACGAAAACGCCAUCACCCUCGUGGAACAAAGCGGGGCAGACCACGAGGAUCUCGCCGCGGUGGUGGCACUGGUAGUGUUGGCCGAUCAGACUUCGUUGGGCAGUCACCGAGCGAUGCACACACACCAGCGGCACCGGCAGCAAUUCAGCAGCUUCCCCAGGUCAAAAGAGGGCCAGGUCGACCACGCCUCAAAAACGGUCCCGGAAACCAAGGCCAUCGGAGUCAUUCUACACGAGUAAGGAAACCUGUCGGCCCACUGGUUGUACCGUUGGGGGGGCAAGGUACCGCUCCAUCUCCGCCGGAAACUAGUAGAAGUUCGCCAUGAAAUGGUGCAAAAUAAAAAACAAA